CACCCAGGCCCGGCCAUGAGGAGCGGCGCGGAGCGCAGAGGCAGCAGCGCCGCGGCGCCCCCCGGCUCGCCGCCCCCCGGCCGCGCGCGCCCCCCGGGCCCCGACGCGCCCCCGGUCCCGCCGCCGCCCGCCGCAGGCCAGCCCCGGGCCCGGGACGCGAGCGAUGCCCGCGCGCAGCCGCGCCCCCUGUUUCCGUGGAGCAAGUGGAAGAAGAGGAUGGGCUCGUCCCUGUCGGCGGCCACGGCGCGGAGGCCGGUGUUUGACGACAAGGAGGACGUGAACUUCGACCACUUCCAGAUCCUUCGGGCCAUCGGAAAGGGCAGCUUCGGCAAGGUGUGCAUCGUGCAGAAGCGGGACACGGAGAAGAUGUACGCCAUGAAGUACAUGAACAAGCAGCACUGCAUCGAGCGGGACGAGGUGCGCAACGUGUUCCGGGAGCUGGAGAUCCUGCAGGAGAUCGAGCACGUCUUCCUGGUGAACCUGUGGUACUCCUUCCAGGACGAGGAGGACAUGUUCAUGGUGGUGGACCUGCUCCUGGGCGGGGACCUGCGCUACCACCUGCAGCAGAACGUCCAGUUCUCCGAGGACACGGUGAGGCUGUACAUCUGCGAGAUGGCGCUGGCCCUCGACUACCUGCGCAGUCAGCACAUCAUCCACAGGGACGUCAAGCCCGACAACAUCCUGCUGGACGAGCAAGGGCACGCACACCUGACCGACUUCAACAUCGCCACCAUCAUAAAGGACGGGGAGAGGGCCACCGCCCUGGCGGGGACCAAGCCAUACAUGGGUGAGCCGCGGCCACCAGCCUCGCACCCGCCCGGCCAGCCUGCUGUAGUGCGGGACAGGCUCGGACAGACGCUAGGUGACGAUGUGAGAGCUAGGACACACCCCUGGGUCGGCCCACCGCCCACACCAGCUCCGGAGAUCUUCCAGUCCUUCGUCAGCGGUGGCAGCGGCUACUCCUUCGAGGUGGACUGGUGGUCGGUGGGGGUGCUGGCCUACGAGCUGCUACGUGGAUGGAGGCCCUACGACGUCCACUCCAGCAAUGCCGUGGAGUCCCUGGUGCAGCUGUUCAGCACGGUGAGCGUCCAGUACGUCCCCACCUGGUCCAAGGAGAUGGUGGCCCUGCUGCGGAAGCUCCUCACUGUGGACCCCAAGCACCGAGCCUCCAGCCUACAGGACAUGCAGGCGGCCCCAUCGCUGGCUGGCGUGCUGUGGCAGGACCUCAGCGAGAAGAAGGUGGCACCAGGCUUCGUGCCCAACAAAGGCCGCCUGCACUGCGACCCCACCUUUGAGCUGGAGGAGAUGAUCCUGGAGUCCAGGCCUCUGCACAAGAAGAAAAAGCGUCUGGCCAAGAACAGGUCCCGGGACAGCAGCAGAGACAGCUCUCAGUCUGAGAAUGACUACCUUCAGGACUGCCUUGAUGCGAUCCAGCAAGACUUUGUGAUUUUUAACAGAGAAAAGCUGAAGAAGAGCCAGGACCCCGCGAGCGAGCCGCCGCCGGCCCCCGGGGCCGGAGAGGCUGCGGAGGACCUCGAGGGGACGCGCCCCGCCCUGUCCAUGUGCGGCCCCAUCUGCCCCUCCCGCCUCACCGAGAGUUAGCUCCCGCUGCUUUGCAGACUCAGGUCUGCCAGGAGGACAGGACGGGGUGGCGGGCAGAGGCCCAGCGUGGACAUUCCCCGCCGAGCAGCCCGACCCCUCCCAGCACAGACCCCGGGCCUGGUGGCUCCGCUGCCCCCGGCCUUGUUUGCACGGGGACGGGCUGACUGCCGAGCCUGCUCGAGGGCUCUCCGUGGCCCAUGGCAACCGCCGGGAGUGGGGGACACGCGCCGGUGGCUCCGUUACCUGCAAUGGUGGCAGGAGGCCUGUGGCCUCCGCUGGUGCCCCCCCCCCCGUCCCCACCCUUCCGGCCCACCACUGGCAAGUCACAGAGGCUCCAGUGCCACCAGCCUGAGCUGUACAUAAGCCCUCGGCACCGGCCCCGCCGUCGGCUGCCGGACGUCCGUGCACUGGCUCCCCGGGGCGCACGGAGUCUCGUGCGGAAAGGUGAGGAGUGUUUUUAUAGACACACUGUUCUGGCGACUUCUGCUGUGUUUCUGUACAGUUGUCACCUCUAAGCAUCACGACCUAAGAGCUG